AUGACUGCUGCCAUCAGCAUUGAAGCAGCCCCACUUUUGCAAUCGAAAACUAGUCUGAACGACAGGUUUUGUCCAUUUCCAGUGUUUGGAAGCAAAUGGUUGAAAGUAAUUUGCUUUCAUCCAUUACCAGGUUUUCAUUACAACCAACCAGAUCUGGCAGAUGAUCUGCCAGAUAAUUGGCAACAAUCACUUUAUGGUCAACUAAGUAACAAUAUACAUGUACGGUCCACAGACAUGAGACACCAGGUGACAUGUCCACCUAUAGCCCCCAGAGGAUUUGGCAAACCUUUUCAAGGCAUAAACAGCUAUACUUCUCCAUAUUUCCAAUCAAGAAAUGGGUUUCACACAAUACAUUCUGAGAACAGCCCGGUAAAACCAAGAAUUCUGACUGUGGUUAAGCCCGGAAGCCACCCUGUAAAAAAAAUCACUUUACUUCUUAACCGGAGGGCUGUCCAGACCUUUGAACAGCUUGUUGCAGAUAUAUCGGAAGCACUGGGAUUUCCAAGGUGGAAAAAUGAUCGUGUGAGGAAGCUGUAUAACCUCAAAGGCAAGGAAAUACGUAGCAUGUCUGAUUUCUUCCGUGGGGACGAUGUUUUCAUAGCACUGGGUAGAGAACAACUGACACUGAAGAACAUUGAAAUUGUGUUAAAUGAACUCUAUCCUGAUAGACCUCUGAGACAGAACAAGGAUCAUUAUGAAAAACUCAAGUACAAACUGAACAAUAAGGGGCUAAAUAUAGAUAUUGGCUAUAAAGACACAGACAUAACCAACAAUUAUGACGAGACCAUGUCUCAAAGAUUAGAAAACAAAAGUGAUGGUAAAAGUUAUACCAAAAAUAGGACUGAAGAGACCAGGAGAACAAAAAAACAUGAAAAAUUUAAGAGCGAACAAAAACAGUUACCUGGAAUAAUGAAGAAACUUGAAAUUUGCCAUAGCAAACCAAGUAAAAUGUUGACCACAAGCUUGGAUUAUGCUAUGAAAUGUGAGCACUGUAGGGAAUAUAAAUUUAAGCACAGACAUAACAGGGACCUUGAAAAUGAUACAUUAUUAGAAGAUGCUGCUUUGAUUGGGAGGUGUAGGAAGCUACCAAUGAAUAAGUGUAAGCCAGAGAACUCCAAACCGAAAUGUAUAACCUGCCAUAGUAGGUGUAAGGAAUUCAGUAGGGAUUGCAGUGAGGUAGAGGAAAAAGCAGACAGCAGCUUGGAUCUGUGUGAGAACUCACAAUGGUCACAUUCCAGACUACAAAGUCAGAGUGACAGCAACCAAAGGAAAGCGCUUGUUAACAGUAAAUGUCACAACGAGAGAAAACAAUGCAGUGAUGAGCAUACCAAUUACUCAGCUAGAAAGCUCCGUAGUAGGCUCAUUGAGAAUUUCCUGGAAGACACAAAAGAAAAUGUGCAAAUAAAAGGAGACAAAACUGUCUUUGACAAUGAUUCCAACAGUAAAAAAGAUGUCAUGCAAAUUAUUGACUCACGAGCACAAAAAGUUGAAGAGCAGCCACCAAGAAUGGGCGACGCAAAGGAAAUUUUCAGCAUUAAUAGGCCAUAUUAUAUUAAAAACACAAUGGAUAUAGAAAAGUAUUAUGAGAUUGGUCAAACUAUUGGAGAUGGAAACUUUGCAGUUGUGAAGGCAUGUAGACUCCGGACAUCGAAUGAAGAAUAUGCCAUGAAGAUUAUUGAUAAGGCCAAGCUAAUAGGAAAAGAAGAUAUUAUUGAAAAUGAAGUUAGGAUAAUUAAAAUGCUCUCACAUCCUAAUAUAGUAAAACUUUUUGAUGAUUUUGAGACUGACAAUGAGAUUUACUUAAUAUUGGAAUACAUAAAAGGUGGGGACCUGUUUGAUGCCAUCACUGAAAGAGUUAAAUUUACUGAACACAAUGCUGCCCAUAUGUUGACAAACCUGUGUGAGGCUCUGGAAUAUAUCCACAAAAAGAAUAUUGUCCACAGGGACAUUAAGCCUGAGAAUCUGCUGGUGCAACAAAAUGCUGAUAGAUCUUCCAUUUUGAAGCUAGCUGACUUUGGACUUGCGGUGUAUGCCACAGAACCAAUGUUCACCGUUUGUGGAACUCCAACAUAUGUGGCCCCUGAGAUACUAUCAGAAAAAGGCUACGGUCUAGAGGUUGAUAUGUGGGCAACUGGAGUUAUCUUGUAUAUAUUACUUUGUGGAUUUCCACCUUUCCGAAGUGCAGAACGCAGUCAUGAAGAACUGUUCCAGACCAUACAGUGUGGAGAAUAUGAAUUCACAUCACCCUAUUGGGAUAACAUCUCUGAUGAGGCUAAAGAUUUGAUCAGCAGAUUGUUGGUGCUGAAUCCCAGGAAACGAUUUACUGCCAGGUAUGUUUUGCAGCACAACUGGGUGAGGUCACAAGGACAAAUGAAUGAUCGAAAUCUGCAGAGAGAAGUUACCAUGAAUAUUGAGCGUCAUUUCCGGAACCGACGUCAGAAGGAGAACUCAUUCAGCAACCUGUAGUUUUAUUGUGUAAUAUGAUCUUUUCUUCAACACUUACUUCAGUGAAAUAUACUGAUUCAUAGCACACAUAAGAAGCAAUUACUGAAUUCAACUUUGAAAUAAACAAAGUUUCAUCCUGUGUAA